GCGCCACAGAACCUGCCCGAUGCGUGGGCUGUGGCGGAUGGCGUCAACUACACGCGCAUUUGCUCCAUUCCAGACUUCCGAUCGGAGGGCUGUUCGUACCCUGGGCCUCUCGACGAGGCCGGCAGGCAGACCUACUUCUGGGGCUUUGCGACCAUGCUGGCCAAGGUCGAAGACCUGACCGCUCCAGUGCAACUGGAGCGGCUGCAGUUGGGAAAGCACCGUGUUGCAGGAAUGGAAGAUUUCUCUUUCGCCUACCGGAUCUUCGACAACGAUCCGCAUCCUUCCCUGGACGUCCCCAUCUACGCACAGUCGUCUGAAGAACAGAGCUGGACAGACUUUGUGCAGGUUCAGAUCAUCGCCGAAGAGCUGGGUGUGGAUUGGACUCUGCAGGUUAUGCCGCAAAAUGGCUGGCCGCUCGUGUCGGCGGACUUUUGGCGACAGCUCCUGGUAGUCUUGCCCAUGACGGGGCUCCUCGGGGUUGGCCUUGGCAUCAGCAUCCUCAUCACCAUGCGCAAGCGCGCGCAGCAGCUCCUGAGGCUUGAAGAGUAUCGACGGGAAGUGAUUUCAAGAACCAUCCUCGCGUCGAUCUCGAAUCUCGACCUGCUCCAGUUCCCAAUGUGCGUCUUGAAAGUGGACGAUUUCCUUCGGCUGGGAGAACUUAUAUGCCAUGAAGAUGCACGCGAAGCUCGCCGCCUCCGUUGCAUUGAUAUCGCCGAGGAGGCCGCCAGACUUUGCCAGGAGGAAGGGGUGGCAUUCCUGAGCCACCAGUGGGCAAGCUUCGAGCAUCCGGAUCCUGAUGGCGUGCAAUACAGGGCCAUGGUCAAGGCUGUGGAGGAGGUCUUGACUCGCGGCAUCAAAUGCAGCUGGGUCUGGGUGGACUACUGUUCCAUCCCGCAGCGCAACACCUUCCAGCAGCAAACCGCCAUCAACUCUUUGUCAGUCUACGCGUCCUACUGUUCAGUCUUCCUCUCUGUGGUGCCGCCCUGCAUCCACGCAGACACAGGGCACAACAUCGAUAUCAACUCCUAUGCCUCCCGCGCUUGGUGUCGCCUCGAAAAGCUGAGCUUUGGAACUGCCGGCUGGAACUCAGAUGGGCGCCUGGCCUUCAUGUGCACCCAAGACGGAAUCAGCAACGAUUGGGCAGCCAUCUUUGAUGACGAUGCAGUCCUGGAUGUCGCGGGCGGUGCAUUCAGCUGCUGCACGCGAAAUCAUCCAGAUGGCAAGCCUUGCGACAAGCAGAAGAUCGUCGGCGUCCUUCUUGGCAUCUACUGGCGUCUCUUGGCCACGGUGCGCGAUGCACCGGACAAUGCAACCAGGGCGACUGCUUUGCUGAAGCUGAUUGAGCGGGACGAGAAAAGGUAUUUCCCUCCAUAUACACACUACAUCUCCGACACGGGCUCCGCGCGAAUUGAGCUUUUCGAUGGCUUCAUGCCAGUGUUGAGAGACAUGUUCCUCCAGGACUCAGAGGCCGAGCAUCAUCAACGAGUCGUCGUGCCAGGAGUGGGCGAUCCGCAACUGGAUGAGUUCCCACUGCAAGCGCACUCCAGGGUCAAG